CAACAACACACUAACGAACAGGCUCGUGCUGACUUGUCACCUGAAUAGAAAUGGGCUCCACGAGGGAACAGUACGUGUUUGAGAAGGAAAACCGGGAGCGGAUCCGCGCCGUGGAGAAAUUGUUCGGGCGGUCGGGGAAGCCGCUGUACGAACCGGGUCGUUUUCUGUUUGGAGCGGGUCAGCUGAUGAAGAUGAGCCGCAAGGGGGCACAGCCCAAAAUGUUCUUCCUGUUCAACGACGUGCUGGUGUACGGCACCAUCAUCGUGAACGGCCGCUGGCACAAGAAGCAGAAGAUCAUCCCCCUGGAGGACAGUCAGAUUGAGGACCUGGAGGACGGAUUAUUAAUGAGAAACCAGUGGCUGAUCCGUACGCCGCGCAAGUCCUUCUACGUGGCAGCCGCCUCCCGGGAGGAGAAGCAGGCCUGGAUGCAGAACAUCGCGGACUGCCGGUCCGUUCUGCUGCAGAAAGGUGGCUGCCAGACCGGCUCUGACUUCGCCAUCAACUUGAUCCCCGACUACGCCUCUGCAAUCUGCAUGCGCUGCUCCGGCAGGUUCUCCGUGACGCAGCGGCGACACCACUGCAGGAAAUGCGGCCGCGUGGUCUGCGCCGCGUGCUCCAAGACCAGAGCGGUGAUCCAACACAUCCACCCGACUAAGUGCUUGAGGGUCUGCACCAGGUGUCACUCAAGCUCCUCGACCAGGACAACGCAGGAGGCCCAGCAGGUGUGUGACUGGAACGAGCGCCACACAGAGAAUAAAAGCUCAGAGGGAGAGGAGGGAUCGAGUGAGGAGGAGGCUGAAGAGCAGAUGGAGGACCAUGACUCCGGCAAGUGGAACCCCGACAACUCCCAGAUGGAGGCCUGGUCCAUCUACGUCAACCUCCAACCGCACAACAUGCAGCGCUAAGCGCAAGAAGGGGUAGAAGAACAGCCCUGUGUGGACUUGUGAAUGUAGACAGGAUGGAUUGUGCAGUGAAAAGGCGUUCUCACUCUGUCAUUAUCAUAAAUCAUGUAUAAAGUUCAUAAAUAUAUGUUUAUACUUUACUUAUGUUCAUAUUUUGAUACAAUAAGAUUAUUUUCUAUUAGAUGGGCUGAAUCUGUGAUUUUGGUCAUGUGCUUAAUCCUUGUGUCUUGCAUUAUGUAUUUAUCUACUUGUACAUCAAUAUUGACCAUAAAUGUAAUUAAUGUCUUUAUACUUUGUACAAUGAGUAUUGUUAGAAAGGUAAUGUGUCUGUAAAUAUUGUGCAUUUGAUAAUAAAUUAAUGUGCUAUUUAAAAUGUGCUAUUUGUGUAUUUUCACUAAUAUACAAUAAACUAUUGUAGUUUUUAUAUUUCUGUAAAGACUGAAGAAGAUAAUCUAUGGCUGCAGCAAAGCCGGACUAGAUGGUUAGGACUACCAGUGUUAUGUGAAUGAUGGAGGACCAGGAGCGAGAUGCAAUAAAGUGCCUUUUUAAUGAUAAACAAAGGAAAUCAGUCCUCGAUAACUAACUCAAAGUCCACUGGCGCUAAACAGAGCCAUAACAGAAUCAGUCAGAAGACACCUGGAACAUAGGGCGUAAGGAUUACUCCCGCGAGGACAGUGUUCAGGGAUCCCGGGGUGCUCUCUACCAGCCGGAUCCAGCGGAGGAAAGGAAGCAGGCGAGCUGCCGGAGGUACGCGCCGGUCGGGUACUCUGUGGAAAGGCACGGUCAACGAACACGCGGACAGGGUGGGACAGGGUGAGACAAGACAAAAGUGUUGACGUGUGGCGUGGACGCUCAUGGAAUAAUCCGACAACAAGACGAGGCUAGAGGGAGGGAAUAGGAA